UUGAGUCUCAGUUUCGUACUCUAACAUGUGGCUGUGGGCUUUGCUUCCCAUUUGCCUGGCUAUCUUUGGCACUGCUGGAAUUUGGACUGUAUUUGCCAUUUCUGUGUCCAAUGGCUCAGUCAACCUCACUGAAGGAUUCCCUUACAUAAGUGAAUGUGGCUCUUACAACCCCCAGAGUUGUCUCUUCGCCCAGAUCUGCAACAUUUUCUCUAUUUUAGCCCUGUGGGUUGUGGUGAUCCGCUUCCAGCAGGUUAGGGACUACGGUUGUCAUGGAAAGGCCAACAUUAUCAGCAUUAUCUUGGGAUUCACCUCAUGCUUCGGAGUCUCUGUCCUCGGCAAUUUCCAGCAAACGGUCUUACGGAGCGUCCACCUUUUGGGGGCAUUCCUGGCCUUCUUCCUUGGUCUGGGCUACUUCUGGAUGCAGCUGUUUUUAACCUAUCGAGCUCAGCCAUUAAAGGACCGACACUGGGUUGGACCGGUCAGAGUGACCAUCUGCAUCCUCUGUACCGUCCUGGUCAUUGUUAUGACCGUCCUGGUUCAGACAGACCGUCCUUCUCCUGCUGCUGUGUGCGAAUGGGCCUUGGUCAUGUUUUUCUUCUGCCUGUUUGGCCUUUUUGCAGCUGAGUUCAGACACAUUGACUGCCAUAACCUCACGCCUGAAGAAGAACAAGUGGUCGGUGUUGUACCUGAGUCAGAGCGGAAGAGGAGCUUAGGCGGCCCACUGCUCAGCGGAACACUGAGCUGUGCAGGAAAACACCUGGGAGCAGAGGGAGAACAAAUAAACCCAGAGGAGGGAAGAGGAAGACGAGGGAGAGGAGAGGCAGGAUGA